AGGCAAUCAAUGCGUGGUGAAUUAUGAGCGGUCCGUGGCGUGAAUCUGUAAAGUUGAGAUCCACUGCUCAUCUCUGGUUUCGUUAAUAUUCGCUUCUGCCUAGCCAGGUACAAAGCAGUUGCACGUGCUCACCUUGACUCUACCUAGAACUACAAGGCACAGAAAUUAAUGAUUAACUGUAGAUAGAUGCAGAUAUUUGAAACCAGGUAACAUGCAGAGCAGCUGCAAGAAGCAGAAAAAGACUGUGAUCUCGGAGCACGUGUACGCGCUCGAAUUCCAGGAAGAGGUUUCGAAGCACUGGCAAGAGGGUACUCCGAUAAAGAAAGACAACCUAGAGAUGAUAACGGAGCCAUUCAGGGUGUGCAGGAUAUCAAAUUUUCUGGAUAAUGAACUGCUAGAGAAACUGAAGGAAGAUGUGCAGAAAGUGCCAAGCCGUCGCAGUGACAUCGAUCUUUAUAGGUUUGAACACACCGAGGAUCUUGCUAAUGUCGAUGCUACUUCUGUAAGAGCAUUGAGGGAUGCUUUUACUAAUGACAUCGUUUCUUGGAUGGAGAGGAAUACGGGAAUCGAGCUUGAUGGCAAAGUAUCUAUGGCGUCAUCAAAGUACAUCGAUGGAGACUACUUGCUUUGCCAUGACGACAAUAUGGGUGAUCGCAGGAUUGCUUACGUGCUGUAUCUGACUAAGAAUUGGUUACCAAAGGAUGGGGGAGCUCUAGAACUCUUUAAUAAGGAUAAGGAUGGAUCCCCAAAAAAUGUGGUUUAUUCUCUUCUUCCUGAAUAUAACUCUUUGGUGUUCUUCGAAGUGACCGAGAACUCUUAUCAUCAGGUAGCCGAAGUGACGUCAGAUAAGACACGUUUAUCCGUUAAUGGAUGGUUUCACGGACCAAUUGACGAAAGAAAGCCAAAGAACUCCAAAAGAUCGGAGAUACCAGAACCUCCACUGUUUGAUCCCGAAGAAAAUGUAAAAGUUAAGCUUCAAGAGAUGAUAAACGAGUUGUACCUUAAGCCUUCUACCAUCGAACAGAUACAAGAGAACGUCGAACAGGAGUCAUAUGUAUUUUUGUCGAACUUCUUCAAGAAGGAUCUUUAUCAAAAGAUUUCCGAGGAAAUAGCUUCAAAGAACAUUAAGUGGACCAAAGUAGGACCGGCUGAUCUGAGGAAUUACGAGACAGCCAGUGAAGACUCCUUCUCGGAUGAGUUAAAAAGGUUUCUGAGUUUAUUCAGAUCGAUCGAGUUCUUUCGUCUGCUGAAGGGAUAUACGGAGUUAGAUCUCGAACCAUCGGAAGACAUCGACAAAGACUGUGGCCCUAAAGGAAGUAUGGAACUUCAGAGAUGGACCUGUGGAGAUUACACGCUAAUGUCCGACAAGCUUUCCAGUGAUCAAAACAUGUCAAUGUCAUGGACAAACAAUAUGAAACGAGAUCGCUUCAACAAAGAUCCUAAAGAAUUUGAAAAUUCUUGUCGAAGUAAGUACAACGAUGAUGGCUGCAAAGGUGCAACAAACUCUCCGAAGCAAGCCGGAGGCUCGGACACUGUGUGUGCUACUACGAAAAAGACCACCGAAGAAAAAAGUAACUCUACCCUUACACCAAGAGCAGCGCAACCUUCAAGUGCAAGAUCUAGUGACUAUGACGAUUCUGACGUUUCUGACAUCGGUGACUACUUGUCAGAUCAAGACGAUCACUUAGAGGACAGUGGGUCUAACGAGUCGUCUAGCCAGAAUGCCCUGGAACCUGGAACCCUGGAUGUAAUACUACAGUUCCAUACAGGCCAUCUUUGGGAAACAGAGACCAUCGAUUACAUGGAACCCGAACAGCAAGACGGAGCCUUGAUCACAAUUCCUGCCGAAGACAAUCAUCUAUGUCUAGUUUACAGAACUCAGGGCACGACUCGCGUCCACAGAUACGUCAGUCAUCGGGAAAAGGAAUUCUUCUACAACCUCGUAUGCACGUAUCACGAACAAUCGGAGGCCCCUGAGAAUGCAGACUGAUAACGUCUUCCCCAGGAAGAUGUCCACCUCGAUGAGGGAAUUUACAAUUUCGUUUGCGCGUACUAAAAAUUCGAUACUUGUAAAUACUUAGACUGAGCUUAAUUUUCUUUUCGGUGAUAUAUAAUUAAUGUAACCACGCGGUUUAAAGCGUUAAGCGGCCAUUCCGAAUGCUGUUGUGUCAAUAAAAUUUUUACAGUA